AUGCCAAACAUUGACCAAUUAAAAAAACCUUUUACUAAAAGUUCCGAAAAUCAAAGACUAAAUGUUAAUCGCCAAGAUAUUUUUUAUCGAGAUGACAUUCAAACUCUUUUUAUUUAUUCCUUAGUAGGAAUUGCUGGCUCUUUAGGAGUAGCCGGAAUAGUAUACGUAGUAGAAACUAUCAUUACUUCUUUACUAACUGAAACUAGAUGUUCUUGCCACAUCAUUAAUCCUCAUAAAACUAGGAUUUUAAUGUGGAAAGUAAAAGAUGGUUAUCAUUUAAGAAUUGGUAUCCAGAAAUUUACCUCCCAAGAACAGCAAGAUAGAAAUGGAGAACAAUUAAGCACUAGCUUAAAAGCUGCGCAACCCCUUAGUUUAGAUAAUAAAGAUAUCCAACUAAUCACUUAUGCUUUGAUAGCCACAGCAGUAGUAGGAGCUUUAAAAGGCUUUUAUGAAGAGAGUUUAAAGAAUACUGUGGAAAGCAAAACCCAAGAAUUCAAAACUCUUUUAGAAAGAAAUAUCACCCAUGGACAAAAAACUCAGAAAGCCUUAGUAGCCAUUGCCUUAGGAUUUGAAGAUAGACAACAAAAACUAAGUGGAUUAUUCCUAAGAAGAGAUGUUGAUUAUCGGACUUUGUUAAGUGAUAUCCAAGAACAGUCUAGUAAAGAAACUUCCGACCUCGAUUACUUAGCCGAAGAAAUCGCUGUUUGA